CGGCGCACUUCGGCCCGACGACAUCGGCCAGUAUCGUAGACACGUGCGUGUGCGAUAACCACUCGGUAGCAUCCCCUUCGUAGAUCCUCGGGGAUCGACGUGAUCCAUUCGCGCCGCGGCCAAUACGUACAAGUUCGUUCGACGAUUUUUCGUCGCCCGUAGUCAUUCACUUCACCCGAGAAUCGCGUCGCGUCGCGUGGUUUCGCAAUUCGUGGUUUGCAAGUUCUCGCGUCAAUUUGUCACUCGAUCGAGUUCGUUCUCUCGCAAUCGUGUCGUCGUAACGCAGAGUCGUUAGUACCGAAAACUCGCAGUUGACGAGGACGUUGAGAAGAACGCAUUGAUACCGUCACGUGGUAUUCGCGAAGGUAUUCGAUUUUUGGUGGCGAUGUGUAAACCGCACCGCGAAGAAGGGUGAGAAGCCAAGUGUGACGUAUGUAAAUGUAAAGUGAGACACUGCUGCGUGAUCUGUCCUCGAAGAAGGGUUGAACCGGUUCCUCGAUGCGCCCUUCGUUGGAGGGCGCAGCCUGUACGCGGUGGCAAGUCGAACAUCUUUGACGAUAGCUCGCGGAACGCGCAGAAUUUGGAGCACGUAGAAACGGAAUAGCUUCGACAGAAGUCGCACAACGGACGAAAAACAAGCUUGCCCGUCGACGACCGGAAGGACCAUGAAGAAGCCUUACUUCAUCUUUGUGCUGUGUCUUCAGACGUGCCUGCUGGGCCCGGUGGUCAGCGACAACAGCACGAUCGGCGACUCGACCAUCGAGGACGUGUCAGAGGUCUCGGAAACUAACAGCAACCUCGACGCAGACUCCGGAGACCAAAGCGUCGCGUGGGGCGAAUGGUCACCAUGGUCCAAAUGGUCCAGUUGCUCGAGGAGUUGCGGUGGCGGGAUUUCACGACAGCAGAGGCGCUGCAGAAGGAAACCGUGCAAAGGUAGAUCGUGGAGCACGAAAUACAAGAUCUGCAAUCCUGAGCCGUGCGAGAACCCGAGCGAUUUCCGGGCGGAGCAAUGCGCCGCGUUCGACGACGUGCCGUACAGUGGUCAACUGUUAAAAUGGUAUCCACAUUACGAUCCGACCAGGCCGUGCGCUUUGAUCUGCCGUGGCGAGCAAUCGCUGGAAAACACUGGCAGUCGGCUGCGACAGGAAACGUCUGUUGAAAAGACGCUUCCGCAUGAUGCCACCGACGCUUUGCAGCUCGACAGCGAAGAAACGAUCGUGGUCCAGCUCGCUGACAAGGUGGACGAUGGCACCAAGUGCUACACGGACAGCAUGGACGUUUGCAUUGGUGGUGAUUGCAUGAAAGUCGGCUGCGACCUGCGAGUCGGCAGCAACAAGAACACGGACCCAUGCGGCGUAUGCGGAGGAAACGGAUCGAGCUGCCAAUCGCGAUACUCGUGGAGUUUGGAAUCGAUAUCCGCCUGCUCGAAAUCAUGCGGCGGAGGUUUCAAGAUCGCGAUGGCAGUGUGUAAGGCUGUCGGUUCUGACGAGAACGUGGUGGACGAUAGCUACUGCGAUCCGGACAACAAGCCCGAAAAAACCCUGAUACCGUGCAACACGCAUCCCUGCAGUGCAAAAUGGGUAGCCGGCGAAUGGAGCAUGUGCAGCGCUAGCUGCGGCGGCGGAUCGAGGACGAGAAACAUUUUCUGUACGGAGGAGAACGGCAACGAGACUGCGAAGCUACCCGACCACAAAUGCAGCAGCACGCACAAACCCCGUAACCAAGAAACUUGCAACACCAUCUCGUGUCCCAUGUGGGAGACCAAUAAAUGGAGCGAGUGUUCGACGACUUGCGGCACCGGAGUCAGGACGAGGACAAUCGAGUGCAGAGACGCCAUUGGCUCGAUCUCGAAGGACUGCGAUCCAGCCGAACGACCGCACACCGAGCAAGAGUGUAAAACAAAUAUCCCCUGUCCGAUAUAUGGCGAGGAAAUGACGCAGCCACUGAUGCAACCGUACCCACCUCCGCCGGUGUCAGAAAAAUUGAUCGACCAGCCGAUACCUUCGGAAACCACGUUCAUCGCGAAGGAGUGGUCAUCGUGUUCCGUCACCUGCGGCGAGGGUAUCAGACAUCGGGAGGUCCGUUGCAAGAUAUACCUCGAGUUCAGCCAGACGGUGGCCGAUCUACCGGAUCGACAGUGUUCAGGACCGAAACCGCUCGAGAAGGAGAAGUGCAUAAUGCCGCCGUGCAAUAUAAUCGAGAAUAGUCUGACUUACGGCAUCGACACUGUCGGCGAUAGCGGAUACGCCGAGCCAAGUCUCACCGAUACCUACAGAUCAUCCGCAGGAGGCUCCAGCGGAAGUGGCUACGACGCUGGUAUCAAGGUCGCUCCAGGAAGCGACGUACAGACCACUUACUCGUGGAAGGAAGGUGGCUACACACCCUGCAGCGCUACCUGCCUCGGAGGUUCUCAGGAGCUGAUAGUGAACUGCGUGCGAGACGACACCGGAAAAACUGUCAUGCCAUUUCUCUGCACCGCCGACACCAAACCAGAAGUUAGGAUAAGGGUUUGCAACGAUCAUCCCUGCCCUCCUAGAUGGAAUUUCAGCGAAUUUUCACCGUGCAUGAGCCCGUGCGGGAUAGGUAUACAGACACGCGACGUCACGUGCAUACACGAGGUGAUACGCGGCACAGGUAAGAUGGUCCCUGUGCCAAACCACAUGUGCCCGCAGCCACCACCAGCGGAUAGACAAUACUGCAAUGUAUGGGAUUGCCCGGUUAAAUGGAGUACAGGCAAAUGGAGUAAGUGCUCGAAAACUUGCGGAGGAGGUGUGAAGAAACGCAAAGUGACCUGUGAGCAAAUAAUGGCCCAGGGGCGUAAACAGAGUCGUGAGGAUCGUGAAUGCCCGCCUUCAAAACCUUCCUCAGAGAAGCCUUGCAACACUAGAGCCUGCCAUGAGAUGGAUGCGGGCUCUCUGCCUAUAAUUACCAGUCAAAACACAACGUACAACCAGACAGACUUGAAUGCGAAGGUUGACUUGAAAAUCGGUGGUGUCGCGAAGGUUUUUCAAGGCACAUCUUCCAUUAAGAUUCGCUGCCCCGUUCGAAAAUUUGACAAGGCGCAGAUCGCGUGGACCAAAGAUAAUAAAGAGCUGAGGAAAUCGAGGAAGUACAAGAUCAGUAGGAAGGGUGCAUUGAAGAUAAACGACAUAACAUCCACCGACACUGGUGUUUACGCGUGUAUAGCUGGAAAUUCUCACGCGGAAACGCACCUGAUUGUAAAAUUUCGCUCGAAGGAACAAAUUAGCAGCGAGGAAUAUUUACGACUGAGCAAUUCCGUCCAUCGACAACGAAACGCUAAUUUGGACUCAGCGCCAGCUAAUUCGGGCGAAAGUCUGUACACUGAUCGAGCAGCCGCGUAUGGAAACCGAUUUGUUCCCAUCGACAGCGAAGAUCUGAGUCACGAACGAGCGGCGCCUAGCAAACCAACGAGAAAACCGCAUCAGAAGAAGCAGAAAACCAGCCCGACACCGCCAGACUCCACGAUGAUACACAAAGAACACACCGUAACUUCGUUGAAUCAGCCAGGGUACCACGAAUCCGUGGAAUCGACUGCACCCUCGAGUUCAAGUGCCUCUGCUCUUGUGCCGCACUUAACGUACUUUAUAUCGACAUUAAAGGAAUAUUGGCCGUUUCAAAGUGACAGCACCGCGGGAAGAACUCACAGAACAGCUCCAGUAACGUUCAUCGACGACGUGAGAAAAGAUACAGCCGCGACAAAGCGCACCAUACCUGAAAGAAAUCCUGGUUUGAGAUAUCAAAGCGUGGAGGACAAUCUGGAUACCCUAUACCGUAACACCGCUAUCCCAGACGAGACUUUUGGACCAGACGAAGAAAGAAUAUUCAUCGACGUGGAUCCAUACGAUUUAGACGAGUCUAUAUUUGGAUUGCAACACAGUGACCCAGUGAAGAUCACUCCUGUUGCGAGCAAAGAUGACACAGUCACACCAACGAGGACCGAUAUAGAUUAUAUCGAAGAAUCUCUGAAAAAUGUCAAAAGACAAUGGCACGAUACGUCAGAAGUUAAGAGCCACUGGAGUUCUACGCCUAAGAAUCAAAAUAAAGAAUCUGUAAACUUGGCGACUAACUCUGAUAAUAUUGGUUUGGAAGUAUACUAUAUCUCAGACUCGAAGCACAGCACACAGAAGUUUGAAGAAUCACGUGAUAAGGACACCGACAGUUCUGAAAACGAACAUCAUGUUUCUCCUACGAUGUCGUUCAAAGAAACUGACACAGCUUCGAAAGAGCCAGACACCGAUAACGAGAAGACAGAAACUUUGAAUAAGACAGAGGAUUACGGGGAAAUUUUUGAGGAAGAGAUGAAAAAACGGAGAAUCUACGUUGAAAAUGACACGGUUGACGAUGGCCGAGCAGCGACAACAAGAGAUCUGGAAGACGAUUUGAUCGACCUGGCAUUGACGGAGGAUCGAGGAUCCGAGGAAAUGGAAAAGAGUAGAAAGAACUUAUCACGAAAUCGAGAAGAUCGUAACAAUUCGUCGGAAGAGACGACAGAUUUUCAAGAACGUCCGCCUAGCGAAGAAGUGCAGAAAACGAACAAAUCUUUGGAUAACGGAACUAUCACUGCUGGGUCAAAUGCCACUGUCGAUUCUACGAUCGCAUCUCUUAGUAUCCUAGAUACUACGGAGGAACUGAUUUUCGAGUGGGUAACGACAGAUUGGUCAAAGUGUUCCCAAACUUGUGGGGGAAGUGGAUUUCAGAUGCGAGGAGCUCAGUGCACAGUUCGUGCAGCGAAACCGAUUGGGAACACAACUCGUACACCACCUCGAACAGUCAUAGGGGCAACAUUAUGCGAAGAUGCUGGACAUCCGGUGCCUCAGAAGGUCAGACCAUGUGGAUUUGGUAAAUGUCCCCAAUGGCACAUGACAGAAUGGACUCCGUGUGAAACAUCUAGGUGCUUCAAUUGGAAAACUGCAAUGCAGAGACGCGAUGUCACCUGCCGUUUGGUCGAGGAUAUGGAAAACGGCCAAGAGAAUAUCACGUUACUUGAUCCUAGUAAAUGUGAUGAUACUACUAGACCUCUUCAGAGGCAAGAGUGUUAUAACGAUGCCUGCAAGGGUGUCUGGAGGGUUGGGGAAUGGUCUGAGUGCACAGCGACGUGUGAAGAAGACGGUAUCAAAUAUAGAAUUCUACAGUGUGUUUGGUAUGGCACAAAAAAACCAGCCGGUAAUGCAUGCAGAGACAUUCCACGACCUCCUGUCAUGAAGACUUGUAGAGGUCCACCAUGUCCUCAAACACCUGAUGACUGCAAAGAUCACUCGCAGCUAUGUAGCAGAGUGAAAGCGAUGAAUAUGUGCAGGGUGCCCCUUUAUCAAAAACAAUGCUGUCAAUCGUGUCGCUAGACUGUAACAAUCGACAGCAGUUGUUGGUAUGGAAAGAAAUGCUCUAGAUAAAAAUUAAUGUAAUGAGAGGUGCGCGCGAGGAGAAUGUCAGUCGGGGAAACUAGUCGAAGAUUAAUCUUCGCGAACGGUUUG